CCCCCUCCGAGCAAAAGCCUGCCAGUUAUGUAGUUGUUAUGUACUUAGCUUUUUCCUUCAUUUUCACCACAUUUUUCACUUUGUUUUGAUUCAGAAUGGCUUCUUUGACACUUCUGUUGGCUUCCUCCCGGAGGGUGCUUCCGACACUAAAAACGCAGAAUCGCGCCUUUUACCCCAAGAGGUCUUUCUUUCUGCCCAGACUCCUCAAACCUGCAGACGGAAGCUUCCUUGGCUUUGGACGACUGUCCAGCUCCACAGCAGCCAAAGCUGCAGAGAAAGGAGAAGACUCUUUUCUUAAAUGGUUCCUGCUGCUUAUCCCUGCCACCACUUUUGGCCUCGGUACAUGGCAGGUGAAAAGGCGUCAGUGGAAGUUGAGGUUGAUUGAUGACCUGACACGACUCACUACUGCAGACCCCAUUCCUCUUCCUCUGGAUCCUUAUGAGAUUAAUAACUUGGAGUACAGAAGGGUCAAGGUACGUGGGCGUUAUGAUCACUCCCGUGAGCUGUACAUUAUGCCCCGCUCACCAGUCGAUCCGGAGAGAGAGGCCAGAGAGGCGGGAAGACUGUCUUCAAGUGCAGAGACCGGCGCUAAUGUCAUCACCCCAUUCCACUGCACCGACCUCGGCAUCACAAUCCUGGUGAACAGAGGAUACGUGCCAAGGCAGAAAAUAAGACCAGAGACCAGGAUGAAGGGGCAGGUGGAGGAUGAGGUGGAGGUGGUGGGAGUGGUCAGGCUGACAGAGAUUCGUAAACCCUUUGUACCAAACAACGACGUGGAGAAAAACCGCUGGCAUUACCGAGACCUGGAGGCAAUGUCACAGAUCACUGGAGCUGCACCCAUCUUCAUUGAUGCUGACUUUGGUAGCACUAUUCCUGGUGGGCCAAUAGGUGGACAGACCAGAGUCUCUCUGAGGAAUGAACACAUGCAGUACAUAAUAACAUGGUAUGGUUUGUGUGCAGCUACGUCCUACAUGUGGUAUACAAAGUUCAUCAAGAAGAUUUAGAAUUUGAGGAUUUAAUGCAGUUAAAUUAUUCCACUUGAAUACUUGAAAACCAUAUACUCUUAAUUGUUGUGAGCCUGCUGCAGGUAUUGUGUAAAUAGGUUAAUGUGAGAAUAAAGUACCCAAGCUCUGGGAUUCUUGUUUCUAUUGUAUGUCAUGAACUGAUGAAAACUGAAAAAAAUUAAUCCUGAACUCAUGCCUGUAAAAAAUUUAGUCUGUAAAUAUUAAAUUUAAGCCAUUUUUUUUGUAAAAUUGGACAUUUUUACUUGGUAGUUUCACUGCUGGAGGCCAUUCAACAAGUCAUUUGGAUGUAAUCAGAUUC